UCCGCGUCCGCCCGCCGGAAGGGACGCGCCGGAAGUGACGCUCCAGAAGCGCCGCUCCUCCCCCGGGGGCGGGGCGGGGCAGGGAGAUGGCGGCGCCCAGCAGCCGGUGAGGAGAGAGGACGCCGGGACCCUGGGGCCGGGGGGCGCGGCCGGACUCGUGCGUGAUGGCCGCAUCCCCGCACCCUGGCUGCUCACGCCUCCUGGCUGGGUAGGAGGACGCAUCUGGUAUCUAGAAAGAAGAGCCUUGCAGGAGUCACCUCAAAGGUUCCUGCAUCUUCUCAGGAAUGUCAAUCAACAAUGGGUCACGUUUCAGCACUUUAACUUCCUCAGGCGCAUGUAUGUCACACAACGGAGCAGAAGCCUCAACCAGCAAGUAAAACCGAAGCCAGAACCAACGGCGUCCCCUUUCCUUGGGAAAACACCUUUGGAUGAGGCCAAAGCCGAAAUGUACGAGAUGAGUCCUCUUUCGCCCCCCAGCCUGCCUCUGUCCAGAAAGCCACAUGGAAAAGAACGGAUAGAACUAGAACCAGCCCCAGUGGCUGAAGCCUCAGCAGCGGUGGGGGCGGAGACAAGGGAGGAAAAGCAGUGGAGAGAGAUGCGGCUGCGGGCGGAUGAUUUGCCGGGGAUCCUGGCUCGGCUGUCAAAGAUCAAACUCACAGCCCUCGUGGUCAGCACCACCUCGGCCGGGUUUGCCUUGGCCCCGGCACCUUUUGACUGGCCCUGCUUCCUGCUGACCUUUGUCGGAACUGGCCUGGCUUCCUGCGCUGCCAACUCCAUCAAUCAGUUUUUUGAGGUUCCAUUUGAUUCAAACAUGAAUAGGACAAAGAACAGACCUCUGGUUCGUGGACAGAUCAGCCCGCUGCUGGCCGUGUCCUUCGCCGCUUGCUGUGCGGUUCCGGGGGUUGCCCUCCUGACCUGGGGCGUGAACCCGCUCACGGGAGCCCUGGGGGCCUGCAACAUCCUCCUGUACACCUGCUGCUACACCCCGCUCAAGAGGGUGAGCAUCGCCAACACCUGGGUGGGCGCCGUCGUGGGCGCCAUCCCUCCCGUCAUGGGCUGGACCGCGGCCACGGGCAGCCUGGAUGCAGGAGCGUUUCUUUUGGGAGGAAUCCUCUACUCCUGGCAGUUUCCUCACUUCAACGCGCUGAGCUGGGGCCUCCGCGAAGACUACUCCCGGGGCGGCUACUGCAUGAUGUCGGUCACCCACCCAGGCCUGUGCCGGCGCGUGGCGCUGCGCCACUGCCUGGCCUUGGUCGCGCUGUCCGCCGCGGCCCCCGCCCUGGACGUCACCACGUGGACCUUCCCCAUCAUCGCCCUCCCCAUCAACCUCUACAUUUGCUACCUCGGCUUCCGGUUCUACAGGGACGCGGACCGCCGGAGCUCCCGGAAGCUGUUCUUCUGCAGCCUCUGGCACCUGCCGCUCUUCCUGCUGCUGAUGCUGACCUGCCAGCGGCGGGGCGGCGCGGGCGGGCCGCAGAGUUGACGCCGCAGCGGCGCGUGGGGAGAAGCGGAAGACAUCCAGGGAGACGUACGGGUUUUUUGUUUUCCCCCUUUGCUGUUAGGCAAGGAUUUUUUGUUAAUUCCAAAGCACCAGGAGAGAAGUCGCUGCGUUUAGAACAAGAUUGUAAAAUAACUUGGUGCUCAGCGGGCCCUCGACAGCUCUUUUCAUGGUGAUGUCCAAAAGGCUCCCCAAAUAAGAAUGGGGUUGGCUCAGCAGAUUAACAGAGGAGAGGAUUUCUUUUUGAGGGUCUUUAUAGAGCUCUUCUUCCAACCCAGCCCCUCUGUUUGUCUUCUCCCUCAGGUAGAAGCGCACGUGCACCUUCUUUGUCUGGCCCCUCCAAACACGCUGCCCACCUUCUGGCCGGGGUGGCCAGACGAGGCGUGCACCCGCCCUCUGGGAUCUGUGGUUCCGUGGCCUCUGGUCCCUGGCGGGCUGUGUCAGAGGAGACGCGAGCUGCCGGCCGCAGCCCCCCUUCCUGUGAGUGGGCCAGGGCCCCCGACAUCAGCUCCCUCUGCCCCACACAGUCGCAGCCUCAUAUUCCCUCAGAUGAUAACAGAACACCAGGGAUGUGCUGCUGCCCAGCCUUUGCACGAAGAAUUCCAAACGGUUGCCUGGGGAAUCUCAGACCCGACCGUCAAUCCCCCCCCCCCACCCCGUUAGGUACCAGCACGUCAGAAACGCCAAGGAAUCGAAGGCAUCUUUAAAGUUCACUUAAAAAUAUAGGAGGUGUCAGAGCGUUUCUUUCUGGAAGGGUCGUGCUAGGCUUAAAACCAGAAAUCCCUCCGGCUCUGAUCCAUCUUGUCCUCUUUAGUCACUGCUGCAGUCAUCAGCCCGGCUCAAGGCCAAGUGAGAAGGGAAAUCAGAAGGGGGUGAGCUGGGCCAGCCAGCCCACACAGCUCGCAUUCUCAUCCCUUUAGUGAAGAACACACUUCCAUCCUGCUGUCUUCUGAAUUCAGAGAGUAGCCUCCACACGUCCAGCGGCUUGGAGAGCCGGAAACAGGAGCUGGACUCCGGGUGGGAUGCUUACGGUCCUGGGAGGUGCGUGUGUCCCUGCAGACAGGGGUGGCCUCCAUCACCAGCAGUUCCCUCAGCCCUCACGUCCGCCCGCGUGUCCACUGUCCGUCCCAUUUGCCGGAGGUCUUGAAGCUUAACAGGAUGUUUUAGUCAGUCUCCGGAUACUGCUGCCCUGGAAGGAAUUCAUUUAGGAGUUUAAGCAACACUUAAACAGUCCUCGCAAUAUGCCAGUUCUCUCAAAACUUGCCAAAGUGAUUGCAGGUAGCAUCCAAUUUCUGUCUCCAUGGUGAUUACCUAAAAUAUCACCUGUUGGCUGCGUCCAGGUCACGCCCUCAGGUUUGUAAAGUGUGUUGGUUCUCUCCCUGCUGCAGUAAACCAGCACCUCAAAACCGCAAUGUGUGUGACGUCCUUCCACUCCAUCUCCGGUUCCUGGUGGAAUUGAUAACACUUGCCUCAUUUUCACGCGCUGGUGGGGAAGAGAAGGCAUGGGGACGUUUCUGUGAGAGGGGGUGGGAGCGAGCAGCCUGUGCUCCCGAGA